UUCUAAUCUCUGCCACAAAGGCAACAAUGCACUCUGGAAGGCCCCAGGCUCGCAGCAUGCGUGGCCACAGCCAGGGGGAGGUUUUGGGGGCUAUUUCGCUGCUGGCCAGUGCUGUGCAGCGUUUAGUCUAGCAUGAGACAGCCAAGGGUGAGCACCCCAGUUUUCACACAAUAAAGGUGCUGAAGGGGACCAAGCACUCCAGGGAUACCACCUGCCCAGGGUGAGAGAAGCGUACAACCAUGUUCAAGACCAGCUACCUGCGCGAGGUGCGCAAGGAAAAGUAUGAGCGCUCAGACGUCUUCGACGAGGAACCUGAUGUCUCUGAAACCUCAGCGGGCAUCUCAGCCAUCCAGGGCUGGGAGAGCCUUCAGGAGCUCAACAGCCGCUUUGCCCGGUACAUCAACAGGGCACGAGUCCUGGAGCAGCGCAACGCCGUGUUCCGCAAGCAGCUAGAGACGCUGCAGCGAAUGGAAGAGGCCAGCGGCCUUGAAGAGGCCUUCACAGAGCAGAUCGAGGUCAACAGGCAGCGAAUCCGAGAGCUAUCUUCCGACCAUGCCAAGCUGGAGCGAGAGCUCAAGGAUGCUUGCCGCAUGAUGGAUGAAUAUACCAGCAAAUAUAGAAAUGAAUGUGAUUAUCAAGAACAGCUACGGGGCACACUGGAACAAUUAAACAAGGAGGCUGACAGUGCUCUGCUGAGAAACCUGGAGUACCAGAUCCAGUCACAGUUCCUGCAAGACGACAUCAACUCCACCAGAGAUAGACACAAGAAGAACCUUGCAGAGAUCCAGACCUAUGUAAACAUUUUGCAGCAAAUCAACCAGACGCUUCCCCUUGUUCCCAAUGUGUCAGUGGGCAUCUCCGAGGAGCAGGAGAAGCUGCUGGCCCAGAGGAAAGUGCCUGGGCUGCAGAGUCAGCUGGAGGAAUAUAAGAGCGCCCUCUGCCAGCUGCAGGCCCAGAAACAACGCCUACAAACUGAGACCUCAGUUUUGGAGCAAGCCAUCAAAAGCACACAGGAGACUUAUGACGAUGAGAUCCAGAUGUACAACGAGCAAAUCGAAUCUCUGCGCAAGGAGAUCGAGGAAGCUGAAAGGGCCCUGGAGAAGUUCACCAGUGAAUGUCGCCACCUGGCCAUGUACCAGACAUCUCUUGAGAAUGAGCUGGAGAGGUACAAGAGGAUCAUUGAGAAUGAAGAUAACAGGUUGAAUUCAGCGAUAAUUGGCACUCCUAUUACCCUGUUCACCACUAAUUACCGCUACACUCACACACCCACUGCAUCAAGCAGGGGGAGAGAUAUCACCCAGGCUAUACAAGAUAUCACCAGCAUCAAGCCCCGUCAGAAGAUCCUGGCCAAGAGGGUCCUGAAGAAGAAGGAGCUGACCCCGAGAGAUGUGAUAGACAAUGGCCAGGAGGAAAAAAAUGGGGAGCCCAUGGAGAGGCAUCCAGAUGAAGAAACAAAGGGGAUCCCAUCUGAGGAAGUGCAGAAGGAGAGGGUGAAAGAGCAAAGAUCUGUUCCCACUGGACUGUCUCCACAGGAUGUCCCAGAUGGAGCUCAGAUCAGCAAAGCCUUUGACACUCUUUGUAACAUCGUCAGAGACAGAAUGAGGAAGUACAAGAAGCCUGAGCCAAUCGCAGACUUCUACACUAAGGGUCGUUAUGUCCUUGUCACCGGCGACGGCAGCUACCUGGAUCCCUGCUUUUAUACCUCCACACCAUCAGCUGGCCACAUCUACGUCACUAUAAGGGAUGGAAUGAUGUAUCCCUAUGAGCCUUAUGGGCGCAGCACACCCUCUCCUCCACCUCCUCAGCCCAUGACAGGGCCCAGGCCUCUCAGUCCCACCCAGCCCCUUAAUGGAAAGGAGGGUAAUAAGGGCGAAAGAGGUAAGGACAACGGUGGUAAAGGUAAACAAAAGAGCGGAGAGCCUCAGCCUCACUCUAAAGAUCCAAGCCCUGUGCCUCCACCCGGUGGCCCUAGCUCCGGCCCCAAAGACUCCACCCCAGCUGCACAUCAGUCCAAGAAAAACAAGGAUGACGGUGGUCCAAAUGGGCCCACUCCAAAGCCAGUGCCUCGUGGUGCCAGCACCAGUUCCAGCUCCAGUUCUAGCACCAGCACCAGCACCAGCACCAGCUCUGGCAGCUUCACCCCAGACACCAUGAGCUAUGAGAAGGUGGAGGUGGUGGAGUCUGUGGAGAAGUUCUCCAAUGACCGGAAGGUUAAAGGUUACGAAGAGACUUCCAUGGUGGUGGAGACCACGAUCGAGAAGUCCAGCAAGAAGAAACAUUGAAUCCCUGUCUCCUGACAUGAAGAUUCAGUAAACUCCACAUGGUCCAGGUCCUCUAACAAGAAGACAAUACAAAUGUUGGUAUCAGAUUACAUGAAUACCACUGUUCCUCAAACUACUGUAAUAAGACCAGUGUUUUUGUCUCUGAGGGAGAUCAACCAUGCUUAAAGACCAUCUACACAUUCCUGCUCUGAUAUUCAGUGCUCUUCCAUUUGCUUGCGGUCUCUGGUCUUGCGUCCAGAAUACGUUUGGCUGGUUCCAUAAGUACUGCUGUUGUUGUUCGACUUAAUACCCAUGCUCAUGCUAUGAGUCCUUUACUGUCUGAAAACUUGGGACGAUGAAAGACAAUGCACCAUGCCACAAAUAAAAAUUCAUAUGAAAAACAAAUAAAAAACUGAGAAGUUGUGCCACCCUUCUUAACUCUGUCUUAGAAUUCCAACUUUCCCCCUUUGAGCUGAUUUGUUCAAUUGGAUGCCACUGCCUGCCCUCAGCACAAUUUUGCUGUGUAUUAAUUUGCUUUGGUAUAUUGAUUAAUAAAAAAGAUUCAAACAUCAAAAUACCUGGUUCAGUUUACUUUGAGACAGACACCGUGUACCAAACACACACUUAAUUCAUAGGUCAUGAAACCACUAAUGCAUAUGUAUGCGUGGACAAAAAUAUUUUAUAUGUAUUGUAGUUUAAUAAUUACCUCUUGGAGUUCUUAUUUCUGCUGCUACAUACAUAGAAAAACAUUUAUUUUUGAUGUGACCUUGAGAAGUUCAUAAUGUCCUUUGCAUUUAGUAUAAUCUAACCUGUCUCCAGAAAGGACAGGAGAAUAGUGACGGGAAACAGAGUAGAGGUAGGAAAACACAAAGAUUAUCUCAGAUAUUAAGAUUAAGAUGACAUGAGCAACAGAUAUAAAAGGAGAUUUCGGAGAAAAAAUAAGAAAUAUUUGACCUGACUAAGAUACAGUAAGGCGCUUAAAACAAUAUAGGUUUUAAUACUGAGAGUCAAAAUAGCGAGUGAAUGGAAUUCUACACCAACAAAUGAUUGUAUUAGGAUCAAGUUGUUUGUGAUUGUUUGGUAUAUUUAGACAAAUGAGAAAAUGGUUGAGAUAAAUAGUUGUCCUCCAUGCCAGUGAUAUUGGUAAAGUUCCUAAAAUUUCUUAUUACAUGUCCAAUAGCCAUGUUGCCAUCUGUUCCACAAAUAGUGUUUUGGUAAGCUGUUCCAUUUUUUCCAUUAAGAAAUGUUGUUUUCCUUUUCUGGUCUUACAUUAACUAAUUUUUUUAGGCCACUUGAGGAACAAGUUCAUUGACAUAUUAUCACUGUUAAGUUGAUUUGGCAAACAGUUGCUUACUUACACAUUCAGGCAUACCAUGAAACAUUAGCAUUCAUUUGGAGUCGCGAUUCUGGCUACCUGAUGAUGCCAAAAGAUUUAUUAAUACUACAUUCUGCACCUUUAGCAAAAACGUGUCUAUAAAGUAGUGCCUUGUACUUUGGCAUAAGUAGCUCAGGCUUCACUUUUUAGAGGGCAUUUUCCUUUUAUUGGAAAGCACAGUACACAAUGAAAGAAACAUGGGAAAAAAAAUGAAAUUAGGUACAUUACGGUUAGGUAGACUGCUGGGCCAAAGUGCUGCUUGUGCCCUUGUUUUCAGAAUAUUUUUCGUAGCCAGAGAAAACUGAACUCCAUGUUCUCUCUUUCCCUAACAAAGUUUUGGCCAUUCAAAUGACAGAGACUGGUAUGGCACUUUUACUCAGUAUGUUCAGAGAUGUGUUGUAAAUCACUCCAGUGCUUUAAUAAACAGCUGAAUAGAUUUAUUAUAGUAUACGUCAAAGAUUAUGAAAUAUGAACUGAGGACCACAGGCUGCAAAAUGAAUCACACAUUCCUUUCCUUGUUUAUAUAAACAGUGCAUGUCACAAAAAUAUAAACAGAAAGAAGUAUCACUGCUCUGUUUGCAAGAUAUUAAACUUUAAGUAGAAUGACACAGAAAAUCAUUUACAGUCACAAACUGUACAACAGUUGGCAGAAGAGAGGUGCAGGGCAGUUAAAGCAAGAGCAUGAGAGAGUGGAUUAUAUUUGGUUUAUGUACAAUUUCUGUGUAAAAAUUCAGGUGAUAUAGUUUGCUUUCUCUAUGUAGAACAGAUUAUUGAAGGUUACACUUUUAUCAUGAUUGGAUUACAAGAAACAUUCAUUGAAGGUUGGGGACUAAUUGAAACACUUGAUAACAAAAAGCAGAGUGAGGGGGAAGAGAGGUAGACAAAAAGGGAGGAUAACGAGAGAGUGAGAAGAACUGAGGAGAUGCAGUGAGA